GGCCCCGCAAUGUGCGCGCCGCGCCGGCGCGGCGGGGAGGAGAGAGAGGGGGUCUGGAGGGGCGCGGAGCCACGCGCCGGCGGCCAUGUGGCGCUUUCCGGCCCAGAGGCUUGUCCCGGCGGUGAGGGGCUGGCGCGGCUUCUCAGUCUGCAAGUCAUGGGCUCUCCGGAGAUUUUCCCUUCAGCCUGCCCAGCAGAAGAAGAUUCCAAACCGAUAUUUGGGUCAGCCCAGCCCCUUCACACACCCACACCUUCUCAAACCAGGGGAGGUAACUCCAGGACUGUCACAGGUGGAAUAUGCUCUUCGCCGACACAAACUGAUGGCGCUGAUCCAGAAGGAGGCCCGCGGCCAGGAUGGACUGGACCACACAGUGAUUCUGCUAUCCAACCCUACUUACUACAUGAGCAAUGACAUCCCCUACGUUUUCCACCAGGACACUAACUUUCUGUACCUCUGCGGGUUUCAGGAGCCUGACAGCAUCCUGGUGCUGCAGAGCCUUCCAGGCAAAGCGCUGCCCUCCCACAAGGCCAUCCUUUUUGUGCCUCGGAGAGAUCCCAGCCGAGAGCUGUGGGAUGGGCCCCGAUCAGGCACAGAUGGGGCAGUUGCUCUCACAGGAGUCGAUGAAGCUUACACUAUUGAGGAGUUCAGGCACUUGGUAACCAAACUGAAAGGUGAGUCAAGUGUGAUUUGGUACGACUUGACCAAGCCAGUGCAUACACAGCUGCACUCUGACUACCUGCAGCCCCUGGCUGAGAUAAAAGCUCGGAGCAAAAACCACAUCCAGGGCAUCCGACACCUAGUACAAAACCUUCGGCUGAUCAAAUCUCCUGCAGAAAUUGAAAGGAUGAAGAUUGCUGGACAGGUGACAGCGGAGGCUUUCAUAGAGACAAUGUUUGCCAGCAAAUCCCCAGUGGAUGAAGCCUUUCUGUAUGCAAAGUUUGAAUUCGAGUGCCGAGCUCGCGGUGCCGACAUGCUGGCCUACCCUCCUGUUGUUGCUGGUGGCAACAGAUCCAACACCUUGCACUACGUUAAGAACAAUCAGCUCAUCAAGGAUGGUGAGCUGGUCUUGCUAGAUGGUGGAUGCGAGUCUUCCUGCUAUGUAAGUGACAUCACACGUACCUGGCCCGUCAAUGGAAGAUUCACAGAACCUCAAGCAGAAUUAUACCAGGCUGUCCUGGAUAUCCAAAAGUCUUGCCUGAGCCUCUGCUCCCCAGGUGUCAGUCUAGAGCAUAUGUACAGCCUCAUGCUGAGCCUUAUUGGACAGAAACUGAAAGAGCUGGGAGUCCUAAAGAGCAGCAUCACUGAGAGCCACUUCUUCAAGGCUGUUCGAAAGUAUUGCCCACAUCACGUGGGCCAUUACUUGGGCAUGGAUGUACAUGAUACCCCAGAUAUGUCCCGAUCGCUCCCACUUCAGCCAGGCAUGGUGAUAACCAUUGAACCAGGCAUUUACAUCCCUGAGGAUGACAUGAGCGCCCCAGAGAGGUUCCGUGGCAUCGGUGUGCGCAUUGAGGAUGACGUUGUGAUAACAGAGGAUGCACCGCUCAUCUUGUCUGCUGACUGUCCCAAAGAGAUUGACCACAUCGAGCAGAUCUGUGGCCGCAGCUCAUGAUGCCUCUUCCUGCCUCUUGCACCCUCCUCAGGAGACAAGGUCCUCCAGGAAUGCAGCCCCCUGUAACUGACUGUAGUUGUCAAGCGAUGGGUGGUGUGGACUGUUGAUGGCUGCUUCGAGACUGUGGGGCUGGGAGGCAGAAUGGAAAUAGCUCAGGCAGUGAGGACUGAAAAGCAAAGCCCUCUCUUUGCCUGCCCCCUCUACACAUGCGCGGCUGCCUCUGCUGAGAGUCAGAGCCCUGUUGUUUACCCUUUAGCAAUAGUUUCAUGAUGGACAGAUUUUAAAAGUGAAACUUGAGAAGAAUGCCAUUUUGGAGGAAUAAGCUGUGUCAGACAACUUUGGUUUCUCUGGAGCCCUGGAAGGAAGCAAUUUGACAGUCAGGAAGAUUGGUCCUGGGAGGUGUAAUUUUAACUGAAGUCUGUGCAGAGAAGAUUUCUGGCAUCCUAAGGGUAAGGAUGUGUUUAGGCAUUAUUCAAGCAGAUGCCAAAUAGGCCAACAGCAGGGGAAGAAGGCCUCAUCUGCCCUUUCAGCAUAUGAAGGGCUUGGUAAUCGUAAAAGGGACUAAUAGAGCUCAGGACGGUUGGACAUACCCAUUCUCACUGCCUUCCACAUUCCUUUGUUUUUUUGUCCCAAACCUCCCUUGCAGUCUCCUAUUUUCAACAGCUCUCUACCCUGGGAAGCAGGGCCAUGCUGGGUUUCACUGGUGACCUCCUGGUUGUUGUCUACAUGUGAGCUGUCCAGCAAGGGCAAAACAGUGUCUGGGGCACUCUCAGCACCUUUCUGGUUUUGCUGUAGCCAUCAAUAGUUUCAGCAAUGCAUUUUUGAAGAGUCUGCAGGAUGGUGAGUUGGAGGUCUUUAUAGGGCUUUUGCAGAGUAAUUUUCCUUUUCAAAACACUGGGCAUGAUCACAGCUGCCUUUUGGUUUGUGCCAAGUGCAAUCGGUUACUAAUGUUCUGUGAUAGUAUUUUUGAGGAAGCUGCAAAUACAAUUUUUGGCUGAGAUGGAUUAGGAGUGAAGAGUUGAGUCCUCUCUCAACAUCAGCCUGCUACCCCAGCCAUGGGGUAUGCAGUAGUAAAUAUACUUACUGGAAGCAAACAAGGUUUGUUAUUUACUGAAGGUAUUUUGACAAUCGACUUUUUAUUUAACAUAUGUGAAAAAUGCCUCUCAUUAGUGCAUCUGUUGUUGUUUAUGCUUGCUUUUGCUUCACAUCAUCUUUUUUCCUCUCUGAUUUUAAGUUCCUGUCUUUUUCUCAGUUACUGCCAGCUUUCCUUCUUAUUAUCCUGCUGUAUUGUCUCUUUUUGGCCCAUCAUAAUGUCAGUGCUUCCUAAUCCCUGAUCUUCUUGCUAAUCAGUGUCAUUGGCUCUCCCCCUGGUUGCCCUAGUUCCUGAUAGUGGAUGUUGUCAGAAGCACGUGGGGAAGGUAGUAAAGAUUUUUUGUUUGUUUUUAAACUCAGUGUUUCGUUUUGCUUAGUGAAAGCCAAACAUGCUCUCGCUCUGGGUGUUGUGCAUCUCCCAUUGCAUUUAAUGGGAGAUGAGUGCAUGCACCAGCGUGUGAAUUUGGCACUUGAAAGGUAGCCAAAACAUGCUUUUUUUUUUUUUUUUUUUUAAAGCAUAAUAAAAAGUAAAUGCUCUUACAGAGUUUAAUGUAUCAGUUUAUGCCUAAUUAAGAGAAUCUGCUGGAAGUCUUGGUACUGUAACACAUGCACAUCUAAGAGAAUCGGUGUAAACUGUUGGAAGGAAGGCUCAUUAAGUAUGAACACACAGAAAUGGUUAUCUUUGAUGUUCUUUGGGUCUGUAACACAUUAUUUGUUGUUCCAAUUACACGUAUUAGAGCCAUAUCAACCAGAACAAAUCUUGGAUUUUGGAACAAUGUAAACAGCUUAAAAUAACAUUAUCCUGAGAACUACACAUGUGUGCUGAACUGGAUAUCUGCCUCUGUAACUAAUUGCAGAGGUAAUGAUUGUACUUACUGUAAAUAAGCCUUUGAAAUGCAUACAAAAAGAGUUAUUUUUAAAAUAAAACAAUUUGUAGAAAGUCA